GAAUUUACAGAAACAACUGACGUGUGAUGUUGAUGUUUGGACACCAGGAAACACUGCAAAUCCAAAUGGUCAAAUGUUUCCUUUUCCAGGCAUGACUUCGACAGUGGGCGGGGCUUCUAAACAGGGUGGCCAAUCGAGGGAGAGAGUUGAAAAGUAGGAAAACGGAGAGGAAGAUUAGAGAAGGUCCAGUUGUUUGGAAAUAAAGAAACAUAUUUUUGUAAUUUAGAGUAAAGUCUUCUGCUACAGUCGGACAACUGUUAGUUAUAACUGUUAAUCUUUGGUUCUUCUUUUUGGUGUUUUCUGUAAAAAUGUAAUGUUUUCAAACCAAUAUGGAACUUUUGCUGUUUUUUUUAAACUCCACUCGUCUGGUUGCCUUUCUUUAAGUUGACAUACGUAGAAAGUUUGAAUUCAAAUCUCUUUUUAAUGUCUUUGUUUGGUUGUUUUCCAACACGUGCUUUACUUUGUUGUCUAAACCCAGGGGAUGAUGGGAUGUCACCACCGCUGACUUACCUCCUGUGUAAAGAGAACAGUGAGAGGAAGUUUGUUCUUCAGUUUGUUCUUCUUCAGCAGCAGCAGCAGCAGCAGAUCAGGGACAUGAAGCUGCCGGUCGUUUGUUUUCUCGUCGUCCGACUCGGCUGUUUCUGUCACGCUUCCUCAAAUUCAGCCACACCACCAGAACCAGCUGAUGUCAGAGAGGAACUGGUAGCGGAGAGAAACAACACGACGGCCGAGGGAACGCUGGAGAAAGUCGACAGUGACCCUCACGUCCAGCUGAGGGGCAGAUGUUCCUGGACUCUGUCUCUGCCUGUGAACGGCAGCGUUGAUGUGGUUCCGCUCUCUCCAGACUCUGCAGACGCUCUGGCUGAACAGAUCUGUCGGGGUCUCACCUGCGGCGGCGUUUAUCACGUAAAUAAAACCAGCGCCCUCGCCAACGCCACCUGCUUCCGCGACUGUUUGUACAAAGACCACCGACUGCUCAACUGUUCUCUGAGUGUGAGGAGCGACUGCGUCGUGGUCACCGCCGCAGUUUGUGGUCACCACGCUGUUCGCCUGGUAGGAGGCGUAGACCGCUGUGCCGGACGGGUGGAGGUGUGGAGUGAGAGCAGCUGGGGAACGGUGUGUGACGACCAAUGGGACCUGAGAGACGCACACGUGGUCUGUGCCCAGCUGGGCUGCGGCUAUGCCCUGAACGUGACGGGUCAGGGCGGUUCUUUCCCAGCAGGCAGAGGACGCGUCCUCCUGGACGAGCUGAACUGCACGGGCAACGAACAGAACCUGUGGGAGUGUCCCGCUGUGGGGAAGGAGGACACGGACUGUGGACACAAGGAGGACGCUGGGGUCAUAUGUUCAGAGAUGAGAGACAUCAGACUGAGUGGAGGUCUGGACCGCUGCGCCGGUAAACUGGAGGUCCACCGUAACGGCAGCUGGGGCACGGUGUGCGAUAACUGCUGGAACGUACGCAUGGCCUCCAUGGUGUGCUCCAUGCUGCAGUGCGGCACCGAGCCGCAGAACUUCACCCGGUUUUAUCCGCCUCUCAGACACAACAACGGGCCGCUGUAUUACUACAUGUGCAAUACCGCCGAGCAGAGUCUGUGGAAGUGCAAGGAGUUCGUCAACAGGAGUCACUUGUGUGUGGGUUUCAAAGCGUCGGGUGUCAUCUGCAAAGGUUCUCUUGGGUUCCUCACGGCCUCCACAGCCGAUCCGAAUAAAAUGACCAGCCUGACAACAGCUCCACCCACAGCUGCUGUAGGCGGAGCCAUCAUACCGCCCGAGCUUCUGUUCUCCAUGUCCGUGUCUCUUCUGCUGCUUCUGCUGCUGAUCAUUAGCACCGUUCUCUGCUGCCACUACAGGAAGCGACACGCGUUCUUACUGCAGCAGAGAAACACAAACUCCAGACUGUCUUCUGGAUUUCAUCAGACCAAGCACGAGGACACCGUGGACCUGGUCAAAGUCACCAACAGCCAGGAGCAAACAAGCGUCGACCCCAAAGCCCGGUUUCACUGGACCCCACACAGUAGCAUUGACAGCACCUCAGUAGAUACAGACAAUGAGCAGUAUGAGCCGCGUUACACUUUAUCAACCUUUCACAAUUCCCAGCGCUAUAAAAUCAACGCAGGCGCUCCGACGAAGCCUCUGAACAACAUCUUUGAGGAAGUACCUGAAUCCAUACCCAACGGUAUUUCCCAGUAUGCUCUGCAGAGCACCAGAGCAUCGAAGAUCUCAGAGGACUCAUUCGACUCCAGCAGCACCUCCUCUGGAGAGUCUUAUCAAAACGUAGACAGCAGAGGCUACGUGUUGGUCACUCCUGACCCAGAAGAAAGUCUGCCCCCUGCUGGUAACAUCUCUUCUCACCCUUUGAGGUUACAGUUCAGUUGUCAAGAAACAUCAAGUGAUGAAGAUGACGGUCCUGACUACUCACCAGUCAGUCCUGAAUGACAACGAUGAUGAUGAUGAUGACAGUGAAGGACACUUAAGGUCACAGUGACCUUCAAACUGAGCCAAUCAACAUGAGGACAACCUACGCAGCCAGCGUCUCUACCACUGGGGGUCACACUCAGCCCAAUGGUGCGAUCUGGACUGAACCACAUUUAGUUGUUUCUGAUGUUUACUUUUUUAUAACAGAGUUUGAUGUAAUUAUUUUCUGUACAUUUUAUUUUUAUUAUAAUCAUAGCUCUCUCUUACCUUAACCUUUUGGUCUCAAAAGAUUGUUAGAGGAUUUUCAAAGAUCAAUAUAUUUUCAGAAUAAAACAGUUUUUAGGGUUUGGGGAACCCUGCUCUACUCUACAUGCUAUCAUUGAAUCUUGUCUGCCAGCUUUAUUUUCUGUAUGAACUCUUUGUCCAAAAUAUGCACUGUUCAAACUGUCUUAAAACUGACUCAGUAUACUUUUUUUUUAAAAAAAAAGUGAAUGGGAGAGUGAAUGGUAAAAAAAGUCACAUCUUUCAAAACAUUUUUAACAAAAAACCUGUACUGUGUGCUGAUGUCUGAGGUUUUUCCACUGGAUAGCGCCAAAACGCCUCGGUAACCAAAGGUCUGACUAAAGCAGUGAGGAUAAAACUGUGUGAAAUCAUCAAAUAAUUCCCAUUUAAAAAAAAAAAUAAAAAAACUUUUCCAGACACUAA